AUGAAUGCCGGUCCGCGCUAUCAGCGUCUGGAAUUGGGAGAUGUCUCUGAAAGUCAGACGGGCGCGACUUUUCUGAGAACAAAUGACUGGGACCAGGGCGAGUCUGGAGUUGAGGAUCUGGAUAAAGAUGGGGAGCCGCUGCUGCCCCGACCAUCGAAAGCACUGGGGCUUCUUGGAGAAGAAAAAAGAUUCUGGUUUCAGAGAUCCAAGGCUCGGCUGUAUGAUCCUGAUGCUAUUGCGACCCAGCGGUCGGUAUUCGAUGACCCGGAAACUGCAGAGCAGCAUAGGCCUGGAGAUGACUGGGAGAAUGCUCAUCGAUUUGACCCGGACGAGAGAUGGACAUGGGGUGAAGAGCAUCAGCUCAUCCGCAAGAUUGAUAAGAGAAUCAUGGUCUGGGCUUGUAUAAUGUUUAUGGCCAUGGAGCUUGACAGAUCAAAUAUCUCUCAAGCGUUGACAGAUAGAUUUCUAGAGGAUUUGGGGAUGACUACCAAUGACUUUAAUCUCGGCACUACUGCGUUCAAAUUAGCUUUUCUAUGCUCUGAGUUGCCGUCUCAGCUCAUUGCUAAAAGGCUCGGCCCAGAUAUAUGGAUACCUACACAAAUAGUCGUCUGGUCAAUAAUUGGGUCUGCUCAAUUCUAUCUGCGAGGACGAACUUCAUUCGUCUUAAGUCGCGCUGUGCUGGGAAUGCUUCAGGGAGGUUUCAUUCCGGAAAUAAUACUCUAUCUCUCGUACUUCUAUAAGCACGGCGAGCUCUCAUUGCGUCUUGCAUUUUUCUGGACCGCAUCAGCUCUGACAGAUGUGCUGGGAGGUUUUCUUGCCUUUGGAAUCCUUCACAUAUCAGGUAUAGAAGGGCAGUCUGGUUGGCGAUGGCUCUUUCUCAUCGAGGGAUCCAUAACCCUCAUCGUUGGAAUUCUCGCUUAUAUUCUCAUGCCCUCGUCCCCGACAUCAACCGCCUCGUAUUUUCGAGGUGCCUCUGGCUGGUUUACUCCCAGAGAGGAGAAAAUCAUGGUGAACCGGAUCUUGCGAGAAGAUCCCAGUAAAUCGUCGAUGCAUAACCGAGAGUCUCUGAGUGCCUCUUUAGUCUGGCAAAGUAUAACGGAUUUUGAUCUCUGGCCGAUCUACAUUUUGGGCCUGACUUUCCAAAUACCGACGUCCACCCCGUCCAACUAUUUAACUCUUUCAUUGAAGGACAUAGGUUUCGAUACCUUCAAGACCAACUUGCUUGUGAUACCAACUCGAGUCCUGUCAGUGAUCACCAUGCUGGGUUUGACGUAUGCAGCAGAGAUAUUUGGGGAGCUAACAUUUGUUGCUCUGAUUGGGCAACUUUGGGUAUUGCCAUUUAUCAUUUUUAUGAAUGUGAUUGAUAUAAAUUCGAUAAAUAAGUGGGUGGCAUGGGCAGUUAUGACGGCUCUGCUUUGUUCUCCUUCAGCACAUCCAAUCCAAGUCGGCUGGAUAUCGAGAAAUAGCAACACGGUACGCAGCCGCGCGGUCUCCGCCGCAUUGUACAAUAUGUCGGUGCAGACCUCCGGAAUCAUAGCAGCAAAUAUCUACCGCACCGACGACGCACCACUAUACCACAGAGGCAACGCCGUCCUAUUAUCCCUGACGGCUAUUAACAUCUCUCUUUAUUUUGUGACCAAGUUUUAUUAUGUGCGGAGAAAUCGAAGUCGAGAUAGGAAAUGGGCCGCCAUGAGUGGGGAUGAAAGGUUCGCAUAUAUGACAACGAAAGGUGGCGGAAAUAAGAGAUUAGAUUUUAGACUCGUCCACUAG